AUGAAAAGGCUUCUAUGGUAUUUACAUUUUUUUAGCACCAUUAAGGUUCUAGCAUUUUCUUACUCUCGGCUUCCUUUUACUGAUUCACCUCCUUCUAUAAGACAGUAUGCAUGCGCCGAUUAUUAUACCAAAGAAAACUCCCUAAUAAUUUUUGGAGGAAACCAAGGAAGUGACAUUAACUUCAAUGACGUUUGAGAAUUUAACCUGACUGCAAAUUUGUGAAAUUCUUUAACUCCAAUUUCCACUACCUAUCCAAGUAUUUUCUAAAUAGAUCCUAGAAUGUUCCACGGCUGCUGGAUUGAUGAUGACAAUUCAAUGCUUUAUAUUUUUGGUGGACGAUCAAAUAGUGGCCCUUUAAAUGAUCUUUGGCGUUAUGAUUUGGUAAAUUUGCAGUGAAAGCAAAUAGACCAAAAAGGUGAUAUCCCAAGCGCAAGAUCUGCAUUUGCAUGAACUAAAUAUAAAGACUCAGAUGGAAAUUUGAAGCUUGUUUCAUUUGCAGGUUUUUUAAAAGACGAGUACACUAAUGAGCUCUACAUGUAAAUUUUACAUAGAUAUGAUGUCCCAUCAUCUACAUGAACUAAAAAGCCAGCAGGAACUCAACUCCCCCCAGUAAGUUAUAUAAGUCAUUAG